ACCUCUCUCUCUCUCUCUCUACAAACGCCGAAGGCCACCAGCGUGUCUCAUUCCGAAGAAGAAGAAAUCCAGCAGAUACAUAGAGAGAGAAGGUAGUUUAAGAGAGAGAAAGUGAGAGCGCCUAUGUCCUGUCAUGGCGAUGGCGUUGUAGGAUUCUCGUAAUUGCAGCAUUUUCUUCGUGAACUAUUCUUGUUUUUCUCAAGAAUUUGUUGCAGAUCGAGAAGUGCUCUCAUUUCAUCAAUUUAAUAAACACUUCGUGUGGUAGGUUAAAUCGAGCCGAUUGGAUUGAAGAAGCGUUAGAAUUUCUUGUUUGCACUCGGAUGUGGUUCGAAGUUGGAGUUUGAAUCUUCGGGACUUCCAAGUCAGUUCUUGCUCUGUUCCGAUCUGAUUCGACUGAGUUCUUCUCUGCAUUUUGCAUUUGAGAACAAGUUCUGGUGGUUUUGUUUCGAAUUUGGCGUGUUUAGUUGGAGAAAUCUCUGGUUUUUGUAGUCUGCUCUGUUUUCGCGUGUUAAAUUUGAAUGAGUAUAUGAAUUUGGUGUGAUGGCGGUUUAGUUGCCUUUGGAGGUGGAUAUGGAUGAUCGAGGUGGAUCGUUUGUCGCUGUCAGGAGGAUAUCUCAAGGCCUUGGACGAGGCAACGUCUGCCAUUCAACCUCUGAGGUUGUGGUAGGAUCAGCAGCAUGGCUUGGCAGAGGUCUUUCUUGUGUUUGUGCUCAGAGAAGGGAGAAUGAUGUUCGUCCAUCAUUUGAUUUGACUCCUGCCCAGGAGGAAUGCUUACAAAAGCUACAGAGCCGUAUAGAUGUUCCCUAUGAUAGUUCAAUCCCUGAGCACCAGGAAGCUUUGAGGUCUUUGUGGGAUGCUGCCUUCCCUGAAGUAGAACUUCGUGGUUUAAUAUCUGAUCAAUGGAAAGAAAUGGGUUGGCAAGGAAAAGAUCCAUCUACAGACUUUAGGGGUGGUGGUUUCAUAUCACUGGAGAACUUAUUGUAUUUCGCUAGAAACUAUCCGAAAUCCUUUCAGGAUCUUCUCCGGAAACAGGAAGGUGAUCGGGCCAUGUGGGAGUACCCAUUUGCUGUAGGUGGUGUGAACAUCACAUUCAUGCUUAUUCAGAUGCUUGAUCUUGAAGCAGUAAAGCCACGAACAUUGGUAGGAGCAACGUUUUUGAAGUUUCUUGCAGAGGAUGAAUCGGCAUUCGAUACUCUCUACUGCAUCACAUUCAAAUUGAUGGACAAUCAAUGGCUUGCUAUGCAUGCGUCAUAUAUGGACUUCAAUACGGUAAUGAAAGCUACACGUCGUCAACUGGAAAGCGAGCUUCUUCUAGAAGAUGUAACAAGCCUGGAAGACUUGCCCUCAUACAGCCUUCUUUGCAGAUAGUGUAAUGAAAUUUUAGAACACAAAGGCUUCUGUAAGCAAGAUCCAUGUUGUCAUUUGACGCCAUUCUCUUCCUUUAUCAGUCCUUUCUCUCUCUUUUAGUCCUCUUCGGCACACGGUGUUUGUUCUGGAUAACGGUGCUUUCCAACAUAACCCGGGAGAUCUGUUGUCCACUUCUGAUCUAAUUUCUCAAAGGAAAAAAAAAAAGAAAAAAGAAAAAAUAUUGGUGGUAGAGCCAGUAAUCCUACAGUGGCUGCAUUGAGGUUUUGGAAGAACAAAGUAGCUGCUCACAGAAUUAGUCUGAGCUAAACAAUAUAGGUUUGUUAUUUGGAGUUUGGACAUUGUUGUAGUAGUAGUAUUUCUGGUCCAAGGAUUUCUCUCGUUGAAUUAGCUGUUUGACAAGCAUUCUCGAGGCACUGAGGCAAUGCUUCCGAAGCGCUGAGGACUGUGGAAAUGCUUCUCUUGAAACGCGAUAGAAGCAGGAGUUUAGGAUUAUGGGGUAAAUUCUUCUCUUUUUCCUGCUCAGAAUUGAACUGAAAACUGGAAGUGAUUUUUUUUUUUUUUUUUUUUUGAAAAAAAAUGUUGUGAAUAUGAGCCUUUAUCAGUUUAUCAUCAGUAUGUUUCUGAUUGUUAUA